AUGGAGAGAGAGAGGAAGAAAAAAGAGAAGUGGCAGGGGUUGUCUGCGGGUAGGGAGAAGGAGAGAGAGAGGGAUGGGAGAAAGAGGGAGAGAGAGUGGGGUGGGGAGAGAGAGGGGCUGGGGGAGGACUUUGAGAGGACUCCUAGUGGUAGGGUGAGACGUCAGUCUGCUCAGGUAGCAGUGUUCCACCUGCAGGAGAUAGCAGAGGAUGAACUGGCCAAGGACUGGGGCACAAAGCGUCGCAUCAAAGAUGACCUGGUACCGGACAGCAAGAGGGUAAGAUACAGACACGUACACUCACAAACACACACACACACACACACACACACUUAACAUGUCGUCCGUCUUCCUCCCCCAGUUGAACUACACUCGUCCUGGCCUUCCCAAGUUCAGUCCCAAGCUGCUGGAGAGCUGGAAGAAUGAGGUCAAAGAGAAGGGCUUCAUCUGCUGCUCCAACGGAGUAAGAACCUCUGGACAACAUGUUCUGUACAUUAAACCCCUCUCAGAUAACUCCUGUAUUUUAAAUAGUCCAGUUGCUGUUAUUCAUUUCAGCGCUGUCAAUUCAGAGCUCAACAGUCUCUAAAAAUGAACAAGUUCAUGUUUUAUAGGCAGAGUUUGUUCCUCUCUGUUUUUAGAGCUGUGAAGCUGUUUACUCCAGUGUGUCCGGACUCAAAGCUCAUCUAGCCAACUGUAACCAGGUAGGACCAUCAGGACCAGUAUAAUUUAAAUGGAUGAGAAAAUAUCUGACCCUGUAUCACCUUGUUGGGUUUAGGGACAACUUCUACCUACACUUGACUGGGGUGUGUUUCUGUGUGCUCCAGGCAGGGGGCGAUGCAGGGAAGUACACCUGCUUACUGUGCCAGAAGGAAUUCAGCUCAGAGAGUGGUGUCAAGUACCAUAUCAGCAAGACACACUCACAGGUGAGACGAACAUACAUAAACACUCACUUACAGAUAGGCCUGAUAUACACACUCAUUUAUACACACAUUUUAAAACACACAGGUGGAUGUCAUACACUUGCAAUAACAUGCAGUUUAAUGUUUUUCCCUCAACAUUACCAUACGUUACAGAACUGGUUCCGAGCCUCCAGCCACAUGGUGCCCAGCAGCAGCAUCAGCAGCAAGAGCAAACCGUCAGAGCACCAAGGGAUAGAGAAAACUGAGGUUAAGAACGGAGCCACCAUGGGAAAGAAGAGAGGCCGCAAGCCCAAAGAGCGCCCCCCUGAGGCCACCCCCGUCCAAACAAAUACUAUUUUCAGCACCACCCAAAACUCAGCCCCCACCCCGAACCCAACCUCAGCCCCCACCCCGAACAUGGCCCAGGCCAAGACCCCGGUCCCGACAGAGAGGGGGAACACAGGGAGCCUGACACUAAACAGACAGCCCAACCCACCCACCACACGGAGGAGUAAGCCCAAGUGGGUGCCCCCUCCCUCAGAGUAGCUCUGACUAACCCAAGAGCCAGAGAGGAAGCUAUCUAUGUCUAUCUAUAUCUAUCCACAUUACGCCAGUAAGCUCAAGGACGUUUUGGAUGCCUCAAGGACUGGGGGACAGAGAACGAAACUAAAAACAACUGCACUCUGAUCUUUGUGUUUCAACCUUAAAUAUACUGUAUACGGUUUGUGUCUACUGGUAUAUGUUGAUAUAACAGUCAUUUGCAUUUUGUUUCCUCCAUUCCAUUUCUAAGCAUCGUUUCAGUUAAACUAUUGACAACAGCGGUUAAUUGUAAUCAAAGUUAUAAUCCCGCUCUAUGUAUAAAUAGCAUUUUCUAAACAAAAGUAGUAUUUCUAAUUAAUGUUGGCAUAUUCCCUCUAUAUGUCUUUAGAUUCAUGUUGUGUUUGAGAGAUUUUUCAAAGGAUAUUCUAUUAGGAUGGUGAGGUACUGCUAGUGAUUUUUUUUACGGAUAAACUGUACUGUGUAUAUAUAAAAUAUCUCUAUAUAUAGAGAGAGAUAUAUACAUACUCAAAGCAAUGACGUCAUCACUCUUUUUUUCAAGGCAGGAAGGUCAAAUUUGGUCUAAAGCGAUCACACUCAUUUGCAUUUUUGUUGUUUUUCAUUUUGGCGUCUUUUGUUUUUUUAUUGUGGCAGAAGAAUGUCGAGGUAGAGAGGUUUUUUUUUAUCAGUCUGCUUCAGUGCAAUAUGCUAAUUAGUUUUUGUCUCUUUCUUUGUUUUGUUUGGCUUUCUUUCGACGGCCCAAAGUAGUGAAAGACCACACUGUAACACAUACAUCAUAUUCUUUCCUGUGUUCUUAUGCUGUGGCUAAGCUACGUAGUUAUAGUCUUUGUUGCAUUUACACUGAAAUGUAGGAAGUUAGCACCAUUUUCACAAAAUGAUAUGAGAUUUUAUCGAAUUUUAGAGACAGUGAUUAGACCUUGGGGCAUAUGAUUGGGGAUGUUAACGCAAACAUUUCCACACUCAAAUCUAUAUCUACACCCAAGCAAUGUAAACAGCAUAUCCACAAAGUUUGAAGAUGUGUAGAUUUUGUUUUAAUAUAGGUUUUCACUGCUAAUGUUACAGAUUAAGGCCUAAAUGCUGAAUCUAACAAUGGGAAAGUACUUGUAGUUGCAACAUUGCAGCACAAUCAAAUUAGUUUGGGAGUGGGGAGGGGAAAACUGA